CUUCCUUGGCGGUUCAGGCCACCUGUAUAAGCGGAAAGUGCCAGUGUGUGGAAAUUAGUAUGGAGCUAUCCGUACGGCCUUGGAACCGCUCGAUUUCUAUAGAGAAGCUGGCGGCUGGUGCCAGGGGCUUCUGAGUUCUCGAUUCUUGGACUCCGAAAAGGCUGCAAGGCCAUGCUGGCUUGGCGCGUGGCACGCGGCGCGUGGGGGCCCCUUCGCGUGGCCGUCCGGCCUCCGGGGGCGCGGGCUCGGCAGGGGCGGUCCCGCAGGGCCCUGCUGCCACCCGCGGCCUGCUGCCUGGGCUGCCUGGCGGAGCGCUGGCGGCUGCGUCCGGCCGCGUUCGCCUUGCGGCUGCCAGGCGCCAGCCCGCGGACCCACUGCUCCGGCGCCGGGAAGGCAGCCCCGGAGCCCGCAGCCGGAGGAGAUGCCGCUGCGCAGGCCCCUAGUGCCCGGUGGGUCCGGGCGAGCGCAACCAGCUCGUAUGAAAAUCCAUGGACAAUCCCAAAUUUGUUGUCAAUGACAAGAAUUGGCCUGGCCCCGGUGUUGGGCUAUCUGAUUCUUGAAGAAGACUUUAAUGUUGCACUGGGUGUUUUUGCUUUAGCUGGGCUAACGGAUUUGUUGGAUGGAUUUAUUGCUCGAAACUGGGCCAAUCAAAAAUCAGCUUUGGGAAGUGCUCUUGAUCCACUUGCUGAUAAGGUUCUUAUCAGCAUCUUAUAUAUUAGCUUGACCUAUGCAGAUCUUAUUCCAGUCCCACUCACUUACAUGAUAAUUUCAAGAGAUGUAAUGUUGAUCGCUGCUGUGUUUUAUGUCAGAUACCGAACUCUGCCAACACCGCGAACACUAGCUAAGUACUUCAAUCCUUGCUAUGCCACUGCUAGGUUAAAACCAACAUUCAUCAGCAAGGUCAAUACAGCAGUCCAGUUAAUUUUGGUGGCAGCUUCUCUGGCAGCUCCAGUUUUCAAUUAUGCUGACAGCAUUUAUCUUCAGAUACUAUGGUGUUGUACAGCAUUCACUACAGCUGCGUCCGCAUACAGUUAUUAUCACUAUGGUCGGAAAACUGUUCAGGUGAUAAAGGGCAAAUGACAGGCACCCAGAUCCAGCAGCAAGGGAGCGACUCGCGUCAUCGGCAGCAGCGCCAGCGAAAGCUACAGGACUUUCCCGAUCUUGGUGUUCAGCUUGCGAAAGGUCUUGUCAGACAAACCAUGUCUUCAAAACCGAAGAAAUGUACGUCCAAAAUAAGCUCGAUCAUGGGCCUAUACAGAAUUUCCAGUGUAUUUUUAAAUACAAAUAAAAAUAUAAUGUAGAAUUUUUAAUCUUAGGUUUUUGAUUAAUUGGUGAGAUUAUUCUAGUUUUUUUUUUUUUUUAAUGUUUUUAAAAAAACAGUUGGUAACAUAUAAACAAAGGAAAGCAGGAGGGAAUCCCCGAGAUUAAAUGCAUACCACACACGGCAUGGCUAUAUAUUGUUAUGCUUAAAUUUUAAAUCUAUAAACACAUAACAGUUCGUGUGACUAAUGCUUGGUCAUUUGAAAAGUGAGAGUAGACCUAGCUGUGGGAAGUGUAAAGGCAUACAGAGCAUUAAAAUGCAGUAAGUUUUGAAAAUAAAAAAGAGCAAACAAAAUAGAAGGCAUUGAAGUUCACCAUAGUCUUCCAGCCUCUCAGUUACCAAACAGUUUCUGUAUCAGGAUAGCAGACAACACAGGAGUCAGAAGGGAGACCACGAGUAUUAGGCAUCGCAUCUAAAAGGCAGAGAAUUACAUCAUGCCUUCUCACUGUUUCUCAUGGGAUGUCUGUAUGAUACUGGAACCUGUACUCAUAUGUCAUGUAAAUAGUAUGAAAGUUUCUAUUUUUCAAAGUUUUUUUUUUUAACUUUGGGGAAUCUUCUAUUGUUAACAUGAUAAGAAAAUAAAAGAGCUGGAAAAAUCUGCGUCUUCCC